AUAAAUACAGAAUUUUAUCAACAAAACCUCUCACUGAGUUUUGACUGAAUUCAAUCCGCCAUUAACCACCGCGAAAUGGCGGCGAUAGCAGCGGCAGCCGCCGCUUUCUCAACGCUGAAUCUCUCUAGAACCUCCGUGUUCCUCCCCCGCUGCCACCUCCGGAGAGCGAUUACCUCAUCUCUCUCCUCCGCCACCACCGAAUUAGGCGCCAAAUUCGCCGCGCCCAAACCUAAACCGAAAGCGCAUAAACCCGCGCCACGUGAGGACUCCGAGCAAUUCAUCCCGUGGACUGUCAACGACGAGAGCGGCGACGUCACGCUCAAGACGACAUCGUCGGAGCGUUUUCUCAGAGCCGUCGUCAAUGAAAGCACGCAGAGAAAGAAGAAGAAAGAGGAUAGAGGUAGUGGCGGUAAGGAUAAGCCUGGGGUUCCCACAGCUGAGCCGAAGUACUCUAAGGCGGCGCGGAGAUUUUACAAUGAGCGUUUCCGGGAGCCUCCGCAGCGGCUCGCGAAAGUGCUGGCGGCUGCCGGAGUGGCAUCUAGGAGAAGUAGCGAGGAGCUGAUUUUUCAAGGGAAGGUGACUGUUAACGGUUCCGUUUGCAACACACCUCAGACCAGAGUAGAUCCUGCUAAAGAUAUUAUUUACGUUAAUGGAGGCCGUCUGGCGAAGAAGCUUCCUCCUAAGGUCUAUUUUGCCCUGAACAAGCCAAAAGGAUAUAUAUGCUCAGCGGGAGAGAAAGAGACGAAGUCUGCACUCUCUCUGUUUGAUGAUUUUAUGAAGACUUGGACUAAAAGGAACCCUGGAACACCAAAGCCAAGACUCUUCACGGUUGGCCGCCUUGAUGUUAACACAACUGGGUUAAUUAUAGUGACAAAUGAUGGUGAGUUUGCCAAUCAGAUUUCACAUCCUUCGUCCAAUUUAUCCAAGGAAUACAUUGCAACUAUUAGUGGUGCGGUCAGUAAGCGGCAAUUGAUUGCCAUUAGUGAGGGGACAGUUGUAGAAGGUGUCCAUUGUAUCCCUGAUCUGGUGGAGUUGCUACCACGACAACCAGAUAUUCCGAGAGCUCGGCUUCGCAUUGUGGUUCACGAAGGAAGAAAUCACGAAGUGAGAGAACUUGUAAAAAAUGCUGGACUUCAGAUGCAUUCCCUGAAGCGUGUGCGUAUAGGCGCUUUCAGGCUUCCAACAGAUCUCGGACUGGGCAAGCAUCAAGAACUAAACGCAGCUAGUUUGAGAGCACUCGGCUGGAAGACCUAAAGACGCUGCUCACGAAUGAUGAUAUGAAGAUGCCACUAUCAAUCCAAUCACCACGACGAGUCUAUCCAUGCUUGUUUGAAAUCAAUCUUUUUUACCAGAGAAUGUGGUGGUAGAAUUUAAAAUCAGUUUUCAGUUUUGUAUAGUUUACUGCACUUGCAUUUGCAGAAAUGUUGUAGCGUCAAAACAAGACGACUGUCACGUUAGAUAGGGUUGUAAAUGAGUCGGGCUAUUUCGUUCGGUGA